AUGACUGUGCCUGCGAUCACAGUCUCCUUUCCUAACGCCACCGCCGGAUCUCCUAUGACCCGGCCGGUCACGUCCCCUGUCGAGUGGGAUCACUAUUACUCUGGCACACGCUUAGCCGAGAACCGAGAUAUCAAAAUGAACGGACCGCAAGAUGUUGAGUAUGAUCGUGUCUUUGAUGUUGAGGAAGAGGGCCUAGACGCAAACUUUGUCUAUGGUCGUCUUUCACCUGUCCCUCCCCCUGAGCAAGAUUCGAAGACACUGUCGGAAUUGAACGGAUACCUUCCUGGAUACCAAUUUGUCGGAAAUCGCGAUGCUGAGAUGGAUGCAGCCGAUGUGACGUACGAGGGCUCGUUUCAUGAGUUCACCCUUGAGUAUCCCAUUUUCCCUGCUGAGGACUUUGAGGGUUUCAGCGGCUGUUGGCAAGAGGAUGACUAUGAGGCUGAUGUCUCUGAGUCCUGCUUUGAGGAGUCGAGCGGAGAGAGUUCCGACACUGGUGGCUCCUCGGGUGAUGAUAGUGUCUCCUUUACGAUUCCUCGAAGAGUUUCUGACAGCGAAGACAGUUGCUCGGGACUGCGAAAGCGUAAGUUUGACGAGUACCAGCAGGGUCAAAUCGAAGCCGAUGAGUUCGAAGAGGAUGAGUUUGACAAGGACGAAUCUGACGAUGUUCGGCUCGAGGAACAAUGCCCUGAUGCGUCUGAUGACGAGAUGGAUUUGGAAGAUGUCCUGGAAUGCGGAUGUUGCUCUGGCUUCUACUUCAACUCCAUUGACGCUCCUCAGGAUCACGGAUGUUCCCUUGAGGAUUUUACCUUCCAGGGCGAUGAUGUUGAGAUCGCGGAGUUCCCUCGAAGACUCCAGACCAUUCCCGAGGUAGAUGAACCCGGGAGCCCUGUGCCCAGAAGCUCUGGGGCUGAGGAUGACGUCCAUCAUGGUAGACUUAGUGUGGAGGAAGAGGAGGAAGAGGAGGAAGAGGAGGAAGAGGAGGAAGAGGAGGAGGAUGGUAAUGGGCCCUACUUUAAUGAUGCUCAGCUUGACUCGGCGGAGACCCGGCUUGGUCACGAAAGAGCUAUCGACAAAAAAGAACAUAAAAAGCUCGCCGAUCUCAGAUUCACACAAAACCUGUCACCUCGUUUUUCUGACAACUCAUCAACUUCUCACAUCAUUUUGCCCCCGCCCAUCGCCAUCGGAGUAACAACACAGACUCUCAGCAUUACCAACGACACGAUCAUGUCUUCCGCACCUCCGCGCAUCGAAGACGCUGGACACUCCAGUAAACGCCAAAGAGUCGAUGAGGACGUUCCGUCAGAGAAUAAGGACGCCGUAAAGAUAGGUCUCCUCGAAACUAGAAUCAAGCAACUGAAACACGAGAAUGCCGAAUUGAAACAAAGAUUGGAGGUUGCUCAGAACGCUACUUCCGCGGCAAACGAAGCGAAAGAUGCUCUAAAAACCGAGAAUGAUGAGCUCAAGGAGGCACAGAAACAGGCAAGAGAAGAAAUGGAUCGAGAGAAGCGGGCAAGAGAAGAUACAACAAGAGAAGAUCGAGCAAGAGAGGACCAGGCAAGACAAGAGAUGAGAGAAGAGAUGGAGUCACUACGAAGGGCUCUCACUGAAGCGACAAAUGACGAAUCUCGGCAAAAGAAUGUUCUCAAGUUGGUCGAGAAACACAACUAUGAGAUCAGAAUACCUGCAACAGGUCAUUCCCAAGUCAUGGAAAAUUUCAAACCGCUUGUCGCUUCGGGAGAAGAAGAGCACAUCAACAAUCUGCUGGAUUUCAUCUUCUUUGGGGAAACAGGCACAUGGUACUGCUUCCAGGAAAUUUCGACGGCGCCAAGUCCUCACGUUCACCAUGGACCUCCAGCGCUGUCGAUUUUUUUGACCAAUCUGAAUCUUUUGGACCUCGAUCAACAUGAGGACUGGCCCGGUAUCAAGGCCCAAACAUUUGCGAGCGGUGGUUCCAGUGCGCAGGGCCUGAAGAAGAGGGUUCACUGCGUUGAAUGGGCGCUCUUCCAACUCUUUGCGCUAUGGGAUCCUGACGAAACAAAAAAGAAACUAAAACCGUUCUUCCCUCCUCUUGACCAAACGCAAUCGGUCAACCUGCGAGCCGCCCUACUACGAGCUCUCGAACAAGCAAAGAAGAAUGGUGUCCUCGGACGAGAUGCCAUCGUACGAAAAACCAUGCUGGACGAAUGUCGAGGCGAAAGACUCGAAGAAGUUCUCGCAGCAUUUUCAUCCGCUGUUCUCAAACAUGUUAUUGCCCAAGAGGUCGCAACAAGCGGUGAACAUACAGCACUUGCGCUCGGACUUGCGCUCGAGGACCGCGGAUACAAGAGCGACAACACAGAUCUCAACACCAUGAUUUUGGCGCACAAAGUUGCAAUCAGUCACAUUCUCAACAGCAAGGUAGCCGUAAACUCAAGGUUUCGAGACUUUGCCGACCUUUUGAAUGUCAAGGAGAAGGGUAUUGCCAGAAGAAAAGAAGCACUUGAUGCCCUUGAGGGAGGCAAAACAAUUUCUGAAGAUGCUAGACGGGAAAUGUGGCGGACACUUCGAAACAACUGGUCUGGCAAUGAGCGAUGGAUGGAGACGCUGCUUUAUGGAGACGCCAGCAUUAAGAAGGAUGGACUCCUGGGCAUGCCUUUCGAUCGCGUGUGGAGAAGAGUCCAGCAAGGUCGGCUUGGUGAACUUGAGGAACACUCGACAGGCCUACUGGAACAGCUCGAUACUCGGGUACGUGUCCAGAGAGAACGACUUCAGAAGUGGCAAACCUUCCGCAACAGACUGUCCGCCGAUCAGCCCAAACCAUCCCCAUCGAAGGUCAAGCAGAAGGAGAAGGAGAACGGCAUCAAUUUUGGCUUUGGUGCCCACGAGGCACUUCAUCUUGGAAGUGCCAGCCCUAAGAAGGCGACUUUCGGCAAACCGAAGCUCCUCAACGAGUACCAGGAUCUUGUAUCCAAUCUCAGCCAGGAGUUGCAGAGCACAAAACCUCAAAAGUCUUCAGCUCUUGACUUUCUGCAACGCCCUUCCUCUCAGAAUACACCAGCCAUUAACGCCCCGGCCCCGGAACCACAGGAGGAAGAGGAAGAGGCUAUCAGUGAACUCGAAGACGAGGAUGGGUUUGCUGAAACUCCGAUUCAGUCUUUCAAGUCGAAGCUCGACAAGUCCAGAAGGCUUCCCGUGCGCCCUAAGCUGGCCCAUACGGAUGACUCUUUUGCUUCUGUCUCUUCGCGCGCCAGAAACUUGCGCAAGCCAUCGGAGGACGAAGCUCGUAUUCUUCGUGCUUCGUCAGUCGAACGGACUAGCUCACCCGAACCUGAGGAUGAACCUGUCCCAGCUUCUCCACGGCCUGAGUACGAUGUCUCACCUCAGCUGUCACCUCAUAUAUCGCCCCAACCGUCUCCUCCUCCGUCACCUCUGCCACUACAAGAAUCUCCAGAAUUGAUGCCGGCAAGGCCUUCUCCCACCCAAGAAAUGGCUGACCAGAUCCUCGAAUCUAUGGAUAUGGCUUCUCCCUCUCCCGUCAAACGACGACCCAAACCUCGACACACUCUUUCACUUGCAGAACGAACUCGCCUGACCAUGGCUCGCGGAGCCUUCGACCCUGAUAAUGAAGAUAUCGAUUUAUCCCCACCAACGUCUUCGGAACCUGUGUCUGCGGAGGACCCCAGUCAAACAUCUGUUGAUGAAGAAUUUGAUCUCAUUGCUCGGACCCGGAAGAGCAUGGCUGGUUUCGACAAGGCGAGACAAAAGGCCCAGUUGGACAGGCGACGCUCUCUGCGGAAGACCAAGGCGCCCCCUAAGAAGGAGGGAAGUUACUUUCCCAAGGUGGAAGAGGAAGACAUGACCAUCAUCACUGAUGAACUCAUGGCUCAGGAGGAUAUGGAGGCAGUCUUCAGAUCACGACCCAAGAUCAAGGCCAGCCCUUUGCCAAGUCCAACGAAGGAUUGGGAUGACGACGAAUAUAUGUAG